UGGGAGGGCAAUCAAGAAAACCAGAGCUGGAAACAAUGACCUGGCUGGACCCAGACUCAGCUCCACCUCGGUCCCUUCACAACAGACAGGACAUAGAUCACACGCUGCCAGGAGGAGCGCAGAACGGCGCCGUUUGUCCCUGGGAGGUUGCCGUCUGCCGCCCUCACAUGACCAAACACAGCGGCCGCUUCAGUCUCGCUGCUUCCGGCGCGGAGCCUCCGAUAGCCGGACCCGAGAGAUAGCUCGGUCCAGAGCAGCACAUCAUGGAGUGCACAGCACUGGAGAGUCUCAUCGAGAUGGGCUUCUCCCAGAACAGAGCGGAGAAGGCGCUGGCGCUGACGGGGAACCAAGGCAUCGAGCAGGCCAUGGACUGGCUCAUGGAGCAUGAGAAUGACCCUGACGUGGAUGAGCCAUACGUGCCUCCCCAGGGCCAUGUCUUGGGCACGGAGGAGCCACCUGAGGGAAGCACCCCUGAGACCGUGGAAGCCAGAGCAGAUCUCGUGGAGGAGGGCUCAGCGGAGGGAGAUGACAAGCACCCCUUGACUGAGGAGGAGAAGAAGGAACAGACCAAGCGGAUGAUGGAGCUGAUCGCACAGAAGCAGCGGGAGAGGGAGGAGCGGGAGAAGCGGGAGACUAUUGAGCGGGAGAAGCAGCGGCGCAAGCAGGGCCAGGAGCUUUCCAUGAUCCGCCAGAAGCUGCAGGAGGACGAGAUGAAGAAGAUGGCAGAGGAGAGGCGCAGGGAGAAGAUGGAGGAGAAGCUGGCCAAGCAGCGGGUGCGUGAGAAGAUCGAGCGGGACAAGGCAGAGCGAGUCAAGAAGUUUGGAGGUGGCAGCAGCUCCCAGGCCCCAGCCGAGCCAGUCCAGGAGACACCGGUGCCCUCAUCCCCCAGCCAGGAACCGCCCACAAAGAGAGAGUAUGACCAGUGCCGAAUACAGGUGAGGCUGCUAGACGGGACGUCGCUCACGCAGACCUUCAAGGCCAAGGAGCAGCUGGCAGCCGUGCGGCUGUACGUAGAGCUGAACCGCAAGGAUGGUGGGGAGCCCUUCCACCUCCUCACCAGCUUUCCCCGCCGCAUCUUCACUGACGAGGACAUGGAGAAGCCCUUGCAGGAGCUAGGUUUGGUGCCUUCGGCCGUUCUCAUAGUGGCCAAGAAGUGUAACAGCUGAAGGACGCCCUGGCUCAUGUGCUGUGACCGGAGCUCCCUCCCCACCCCGGCCCUGGAUUCCUGUGGUUCCCUCUGCCAUCCUCACACCGUGGUUCUGCCCCUCCCCCUGUCCGACUGAGCCCAGAGAAGUGACUGACCAUUUCGCCUCCCCAGGACUGGAACCCAGCAUAGCAGCUGCGGGGGGGUAUGUGUCCAGCUUCCCUGGGGGAGUGCCACAGCGUGAGCCCCAGCACCAGGGACACUAAUAAACAUCAUCUGUUCUGCUGCCGCUGCCACCCAUUAUUCCCCCAUGCUGCUAUUGGUGGGUGACAGGAAGGAGGCCCCAACUGAGCUGGAGGGGGCAGCCAGCAGGCUGAGCUCUGAGCAGACCCCCACCAGCCGAGAGGGGACCCCACUAUAGCUUCAUAGUCCAAGGGUCAUAGAUUUGUUGUGCCAGAUGCUGCACAGAUAAUGCCGCUGCCACUAUUACCCCCAGUAGCAGAGACGGGGACCCGAUUGUCACACCGGGUGCUGCACAGAUACCCUGCAGCCAAGAGUGGGGUCUGUCAUGGCAAGUGCUGUA